CUGGAGAAACGCCCGCUGUGAUUGGCUGUGAGCGGCGUGUCGCUUCCUCACGCGCCACUCUCCGGUCCCGGAAGCAGGAAGAGGUUUCACAGAGGGAAGAGAAAGUGUGUUGACAUCGGAAACAAGCUCCAAGUGUCAGAGACAGUUUGAACUCUUGUCUGUCCUCCACUGUCCUCCUCUGUCCUCCACUGUCCUCCUCUGUCCUCCUCUGUCCCGGGUCGUGUGUUGGUGUCUGGACUCAGCAGGAGCCCUCAAGGGAUGGAACAUGGCAGCAUCUGAAACACAGCUUAUGUUAAGCGUCGGGUUGAUCGAGAAAGAUGUGAAUGGAGACACACUGUGGGUGUGGUGCUUCCCCUCCGUGGACUCAGACGUGAGACAGAUCCUGCUCAGUAAGUGCUGUCUGACGCAGCAGGGCCGCGACUUCCACACCUUUGUGUUUGGUCAGUUCUGUCGUAUGUGGUACUACAUCACCACAGUGGAGGUGCAGGAGCCCACAGCACUAAAAAAGGUCACUCAUUUUUCCAUAGUUGUUACAGCAAAAGACUUCAACCCUGAGAAGUACGCUGCUCUCAGUAGAAUCCUCUGCAGGAUGUACAUCAAGUAUGGCAGCCCAGUGAAGAUGAUGGAGGCGUACCUCACUGUUCUCACUAAAGGAAUCUGUCAGAGUGAUGAAAAUGGCUCGUUUCUUAUUAAGGACUACGACGUGCGGAAGGCGUACCUGGCUGGUUCAAUCAAAGAUGUGGUGUCUCAGUUUGGUAUGGAGACUAUCAUCCUGUAUACCGCUCUCAUGCUGAAGAAGAGGAUCGUCAUCCAUCACCCUCGUAUUGAAGCGCUGUUGGAGUUUACAAGAGUUCUGCCGGCUCUGACGUGGCACAGGAAAGACUGGUCCAUCCUGCACCCGUACGUGCACCUGACCGAUACCGAGCUGGAGGAUUUAAAGAAAUGUCCCGGUUAUGUUGCAGGAUUUGUGGAUCCGGAAGUGAGCAACAGAUCGGACUUGUUUGACGUGUACGUGAACCUCCCUGACAGCGUCAUCACAGUUUCCCAGAAUGCCAAAGAGGCCAUGGCUAUGGGGAAGUUACACAAGGAGGUUGGUCUCCUCAUCGUCCAGUCAGCGGAGGACGCUGAGAGGUCAGACAGUCAGGUGAUCAAGGACAUCUCUGUGAAGACCAAAGAGAUCCUCGCAAACCUGGUCGCCCUGGCAGACGAGGGUGAAGACUCUAAAAUCACGCUGGAGGGUUUGAAGCAGCAUCACUUUCCUCCAGCAACAGAGAACUUCCUUUUUCAUUUGGCAGCUGCUGAGCAACUCUUACGGAUAUAAACCUGUUUUCAGACGCUGCAGAAUCACGUUACUCUUCAGCUUUGACUCCAGCUCGAAUCUUUUGUACAUGUUGGGAUAAAUACUGUUUUCUAAAAGGCUUGUUCAGACUCCUGCCGUUAUCACGAGAGUUUGCACAAGAUGUUUAUCACAGUUACCUUUAUGUGAGGUAGGAAAGUGUCGCUAGCAUCACAUUUUUACUCGCAAUGUUGCUAAUACGAGACACGACUCAACAUUCUUCUAAAAAUGUUUUAUUUUCUUCCUGCCAACAAAUCCCAUGAAAUGAGAGAAUCAAGAUCUUCACAGUGUGAUUCUAUCUUAUUGAUUGUCGAUGACAAACUAUUAGAACAAAUGAACGAGCCACACUGGGUGAAAACCACAGUGACCAGAUGUUCUAAGAAGUUUAACUCAAAUUGAAUUGUUUUUAAAGGAAUCAUGACAUUUCAGUGUGUCGAAGUCGUUUCUUACGUAAAGUUGAUUCAGGUCUUUUCAUGGUAUUUGUUGAUUUAGAGAUAAAUAUAAGAUAAUGACAGUUUUAUCAUUUUAACAUUAGUAGUGAUGGACAAUCAGGAGCCACAGUAUUUGUCUCAAAUGUUCUGGUGACACAAAUAAGUGUGUGGUAGUUCUUCAGCCAGUACAUCGAUAGAGCUGUCCAGAUGUUUGCUACCACAGUGCACAUCUGUACUCCCAAACAUCACACUUCUUGUUGACUGUAGUGUCACAACUGAAAUAGAAGCAGAUUGUGUUAUGAGGCUUUUUCAAACAGUGUUUUCUAAAAUAGAAAGAUUUUACAGUGAUUUCUAUCACACUGUUUGUCUGUUCACAUUUUUAUUUUUAAAUUAAUUCAUUACAGAUGUUGUCUUACUGUUGACAUCAACAUUUUCUUCCAUGUUGCCAAAAUCAUGAUUUUUGUGCCUCAGUAUUUCAGAUAGGACACAGAGUGCAAUUCAUAGAAAAGCUUAUGUAAGUUUGAAAACUAAAUGUAUUUUCAUGAGCUGGUGAAACAUUUACUAUCGAUUAAAAACAUUGAACAUUCUAACUAAAUACAUCUA